AUGAACCUGGCACUUGCCAAUGUGGAAGCUGCUCUUGAAGCCUCGGCGGUCAAGGAGUAUCGACUGUCACUGGAGAACGUUUAUGCUGAGCGUGACAGGGCUCGGGCGCGCUUCAAAGCUCGUGGAGAGAGAGAUCCUGGCCCGGUCUUCACGACGCCCCCGUGCCAGCAGCGUGUUCGACGAGUGGAGGCCGAGGGUUUGAAUUUGCUGGCCCGAGCUCGGCGCGCUUCCAAGGAGAAGCUUCAGUGGGUCAUUGCUUUAGCAGCUUUAGGACCAGGUGAUGGCACCGCAGCAUCGCAAGUGCCCCCGAGCGCCGCAAGGUACUGGGACACCAUGGACGUCAGCAAGGAGUACACACGCUCGUCCCGGCCCUGGGACAUGAGUGCGCCAAUUCUCGAUCCGCUGCUGCAAACCUUACAAGAUGCCAGAAUUUGCGGCGCUGACACAAAACUCCGCCGAAAAGCAGAGGCUCUGCUGUUUAUGGCAGUGCGACGCUGCCUUCAGGCAGCAUUGGCGACAGAAGUGAACAGAGGUGAAGCUGUGCGCGAGUCUUUAGCCAUUGCCGAUGAAGCUAUGCAGCUCUGCGAACUGGAGGACCCUGGAGACUUACAAGACCUGUGCUCCCUCGCUGAGAAGGAGGUGCUUCGCACAACGCUGAGAUCCCUGGAGUCCACCUGUAAAGAAUUCCACCAAGCGGUGAAAGAUGGUGACAUCGAGCUUGUCAAGUGGAUGCUGGACAGGGAAAAGGCGAACCCCUCCAUUACUGACCCGCAGACGGGUAUUCCGCCAUUGGUCAUGGCUGUGAAGGCCGGAGACCUUGCCAUGUGCGAGCUGCUGUUGGACCGUGGUGCUGACGUCGAUGGGCGAUGCAGCACCUCUGCCGAUCUUCCAGCUCGCGGAUCAAACCGUUGCAGCGCAACCCAGAGAACUCCUCAGGCUCAGAUGGCACCACUUCCUUGCAUUGGGCCUGCCACAGCCGAACGUUCCGCGUCGACGCCUGGCAGCAACUGUUCGGUUACAAUCGACGGGUGGGUUUCUGUCACCGACCAUAUUGGUAUGCAUUGGCGCACUGGUGUGUGUUUUUGUGACAAGCAGUAG